GGGAGCGGAGGAGGCGGGAGCCGAGGCCCGCGGUCGUUUCCGGGCGGCGGCCGCGUCUCCUUCCGGGGCCACCGCGGCGGGGCGGGCGGCAUCGGCGUUGUGUUGCGGAAGGAACUUGCAGGUCCGCAGCACCGUCAAGCGCCAUGGCUCGAAAUGCGGAAAAGGCCAUGACGGCCUUAGCAAGAUUUCGACAAGCUCAGCUUGAGGAGGGAAAAGUUAAGGAGCGCAGACCCUUCCUUGCUUCGGAGUGCAAUGAGCUGCCUAAGGCUGAGAAGUGGAGGCGGCAGAUCAUUGGGGAGAUUUCCAAGAAAGUGGCACAGAUUCAGAAUGCUGGAUUAGGUGAAUUCAGAAUUCGGGACCUGAAUGAUGAAAUAAACAAACUUCUGAGGGAGAAAGGGCACUGGGAAUUCAGAAUAAAGGAGCUAGGAGGUCCUGACUAUGCUAGGAUUGGACCAAAGAUGUUAGAUCACGAAGGGAAAGAAGUUCCUGGAAACAGAGGUUACAAAUAUUUUGGAGCUGCAAAGGAUUUACCAGGAGUUAGAGAGCUUUUUGAAAAGGAGCCCCUCCCACCACCUCGGAAAACUCGAGCUGAGCUUAUGAAAGCCAUUGAUGCAGAAUACUAUGGCUACAGGGAUGAAGAGGAUGGUAUUCUUGAGCCACUGGAACAAGAACAUGAAAAGAAAGUUAUAGCAGAAGCAGUGGAAAAAUGGAAAAGGGAGCGAGAAGCACGACUUGCAAGAGGUGAGGAAGAGGAGGAAGAGGAAGAAAAUAUCUAUGCUGUCGCUGAGGAGUCUGAUGAGGACAGUGGCAAGGAAAAGGAAGGUGAAGAAGGUCAGCCGAAAUUUAUUGCACAUGUUCCAGUGCCAUCCCAACAGGAGAUUGAGGCAGCUCUUGUGCGGAGAAAGAAGAUGGAGCUUCUUCAGAAGUAUGCCAGUGAAACCCUCAUGGCACAGAGUGAAGAGGCAAAAACACUUUUAGGACUGUAACACUGCACCAGGUUUUGUAUCAUGCCGCUAAAAGGAACAGGUUCCUAUAUUCCGUGCCAAUCACGUGUAGCUCUGAAGGUCCCCUUGGGUGUUGAGAGUGAACUUGUGAAACUACAUCAUAUUCUGCUGAAAGCAAGCUAUCCUUUUGGGUUAUCCAGUAGGACGACUUACACUUCAGUGACAAAGAUCAAACCUAGUUCUAACCUGUCUCUGCAUCUGCAGCAACAGCCUUCAGUUCUUUCACCUUGUAAAAGGGUCUGUGCGGUGGUUCCUCUUGCAGACAGAACUGCAAACUCAGCAACUCUGUCAGUCUUGAUGGAAACCUGGCUGGUGUUACUGCCAUUGUCUGCUGUACCCUGCCUGCAGGUGUGCACAUCUUUCUAAGGUGGGCUUUUGCUGAGCUGACUGCAGAAGUAAUUUAUUAUGCCUGGUUAGUUUACCAGAGUAGCCUAGAAACUGCCUUGGAGGCAGAUUUGAUGAGCAACUUGGAAGUUGGUUUGGGUUUUUUAUAUAACAUUAUGUCCAAAAGCUGUUACCCUUCUUGUGGUUGGUAACCAUGCCUGGGUGAGUUCAAUGCUGAAUAUUUCAGCAGCUACUGUAAAUGCUUCCAACUGUGCAAUGCCUUGUUCAGAUAUUUUUAGUAAAGCUUGUUUCCAGA